CGACAGACGCUUCCCUGGUUGGUAAGGGGGCACAUCUGCACAACAAUAUGAUCCAAGGCCACUUGUCCCCAGCGGAUUCUAGCCUGCACAUAAACUUAUUGGAGCUAAGGGCAGUCCGAAAUGCAUGCGAGUACUUUCUCCCUUUAAUCAAGAACAAUGCCAUCAAGAUCCUUACGGACAAUAUAGCGUGCAUGUUCUAUAUAAAUUGCCAAGGGGAUCAUACUCCCUAUGUAUCUGUAUUUCCUAGCUUUUUAGUCUGAGGGUUUUGUGUUUCAGUGAUGAGGCUACUGUAAAUUGGCUUGCCAAGCUCCGCAUCCAAUAAGAAGAAUGGUUUGGUUAGUGAUGGUUCUACUUGAGACAUCUUAACUGUUACACAAUGCCACACUUUUGUGUUGGAAUUGUAGCUAUCAUUUAUAAGUGGCUAAAUUUGACCACAGCUUUUUUCCUCAAUAAAUUGAAUCUGUGGACACAUCCCUGCUUACUGAAGUCAUGCACGUAGACCUGCUUAUGCUGCUGCAUGUCCUGCUAAAGACUUUCCAGUGCCUUGCUGAAAGAGCAAUACUGGGAAAUAGCAUCCAAAAUAUAGAUACAGUAGAACUUCAGAGUUAGGAACACCUCGGGAAUGGAGGUGGUUCGGAACUCUGAACAAAGCAUUAUGGUGGUUCUUUCAAAAGUUUACAAAUGAACAUUAAGUUAAUACAGCUUUGAAACUUUAUUAUGCAGAAGAAAAAUGCUGUUUGUAAAUGAAAGAAACAGAGAAACGGUUUCCUUACCUUUGUCAAAUCUUUUUUUUAAACUUUCCCUUUUUUAGUAGUUUACAUUUAACACAGUGCUUUACUGUAUUUUCCUUUUUUGGUCUCUGCUACUGCCUGAAUGGGGUGUGUGGGUGAAUGGUGUGUUCAUAACUCUGAGGUUCUACUGUAUUUGCUGGCCUACACUGUGAUCUCUUAAUUUCAGGUUGCUAUCCUAGUUAGAACUUCUGCAAGCUAAAAAUCAGUCAUUUUUUGCUCAUGAUUAGGUUUUGUUAGUGAUUGGGCGAAUGGAUGUUCCCAAAAUAGUAUGCAAGUUAAAAUGUCAGGAAGUCCCUGUCAGAAUGAUAGGUGCUCCUUUUCCUGGAAUUUGCAAAUAUAAAAAUAGAACUGUUGCUAACGGACACAAUGAAGAAUAUGUGGUGUCUGCCAGGAGGGUACUCCUGUAAUGCCUGCUGGCCUGCAGUAGGUGGGUAGCUUCUUCUGAGAAAGACAUGAGAUUACUGUGCUGGAAAACCUCACCUUGCAAGCACUGUCAGAAGGAGGCAAUGCUUCUGGUUGACACCAGGUAUGGUACCAAGUAUCAAAGAGGUAGCUAUGUUAGUCUGUAUCCACAAAAACAAUGAGGAGUCCAGUGGCACCUUAAAGACUAAUAUUUAUUUGGGCAUAAGCUUUCGUGGGUAAAAAAAAAAAACCCAGAAGAAGUUGGUUUUUUAACCCAUGAAAGCUUAUGCCCAAAUAAAUCUGUUAGUCUUUAAAGUGCCACCAAAUAUGGUGGAAUUCCUUAAUUACUUACGGGCAUGACUUUCAAAAUACCUUUCCCAUCCUUUAAUGUGGAAACCCUAUGUUCGCAGGUACCUGGCUUUUGCACAGGUAUCUGCGGUUCUUUUCACAUUUCACGUUAAAAGUUGCCUCAUGGGAGUUCCUGCUAGCCAGCAAAACUGAUGAUCUUUCUCUGAGUAUUGCAGAUGUGUUGAGGUGAUUGCUUAUUUCCACUGAAUAGCAACCCCUGUUGUUAAUUGAUGGGUAUUAACUGCUUCUCAAGGAAGUUCUGCUCACUGCAGUACCACAAGCCUGGUAAUUGUAAAGUGUAGUCAUGCAAAUAGCCAGAAAAAGAUAAGCAGGCAGGGGAAGGGAGAGUAGACUCUCUCACCCUUUCUCCCCAGGCUCUGACAGGGACCCCUUUGAGGGCAGUGUGUCUUUGGACUUGAUUCUACUUAAAAUAGACCAUGAAAAAUUUGAUUAGUACCUAUCCUGAAUUUGAUUACUCAGGGAAGGAUGCGCUAAAGUAUUGUUACCCAAGUGCAACUAUUUAAAAAAUAAUAAUGACCAUUAUGAAAUAUGCAUAUGUUGCCUGAUCAAAAUGAGUACAUUUGAAGCAUUAAGUGUGGCCCUUCUUUAUUCCUUCAUUUUUUGACAGUUACACCCAAGCCAGGAGCAUCUACGGUACAAAACGUAACUCAAGCAUCAUCCCCAUCUCAGACGCAGGCCCCACAACAGAAUCUUCAGUCUGUGCAAACAACUCAUUCCUUUCCUUCUGUGACCCCUGACCUUAUUGUCCAGACGCCAGUAAUGACAGUGGUGCCUCCUCAGCCACCUGCACCUCCUCCCCCUCCUCCCCCACCUCCUGUUCCCCCAACCCCCGCUCCCCAGCCCAUUCAAGCACACCCACCUGUUAUCCCAACAACUGCACAGCCUGUGAAGACAAAAAAAGGAGUGAAGAGGAAAGCAGACACCACAACGCCAACAACAAUGGACCCAAUUCACGAAUCCUCCUCGCUGCCCACUGAACCCAAGUCUGCCAAGAUGGGUCCACGAAGGGAAAGCAGCCGGCCAGUGAAACCUCCAAAGAAGGAUGUUCCGGACUCUCAGCAGCAUGUGGUAGAAAAGAGUAACAGUAACAAAGUGUCUGAGCAAUUAAAGUAUUGCAGUGGCAUCAUCAAAGAGAUGUUUGCCAAGAAGCAUGCUGCCUACGCAUGGCCCUUCUACAAACCUGUGGACGUGGAAGCACUGGGACUGCAUGAUUAUUGUGAUAUCAUUAAACAUCCCAUGGAUCUGAGCACAAUCAAAUCUAAACUGGAGAACCGGGAAUACAGAGAUGCUCAGGAAUUUGCAGCAGAUGUCCGAUUGAUGUUUUCCAAUUGUUACAAAUACAACCCUGCUGAUCAUGAGGUGGUAGCUAUGGCACGGAAACUGCAGGAUGUUUUUGAGAUGCGCUUUGCUAAAAUGCCAGAUGAACCUGAAGAACCCAUGAUUCCAGCCUCCUCUCCAGUGGUGGUGCCACCCCCAACCAAGGUGGCCCCCCCUUCAUCCAGCGAUAGCAGCAGUGAUAGCUCCUCCGAUAGCGAUAGCUCAUCAGAUGAUUCUGAGGAAGAACGAGCUCAGCGACUAGCAGAACUCCAGGAACAGCUUAAAGCAGUGCAUGAACAGCUCGCUGCCCUGUCCCAGCCACAACAGAACAAACCAAAGAAAAAGGAGAAAGACAAGAAAGAAAAGAAAAAAGAGAAGCACAAAAAGAAGGAAGAAGUAGAGGAGAAUAAGAAGAGUAAAACCAAGGAACCACCCCUCAAGAAGGCCAAGAAAAAUAAUAGCAACAGCAGUAACUCAAGUAGUAAGAAGGAGCCUGUGACGGUGAAGAACAGCAAACCCCCUCCUGUCUACGAGUCUGAGGAGGAGGACAAGUGUAAGCCAAUGUCCUAUGAGGAGAAGAGGCAGUUGAGCCUGGACAUUAAUAAACUCCCUGGUGAGAAACUGGGCCGAGUUGUUCAUAUCAUCCAGUCAAGAGAACCCUCGCUUAAAAACUCCAAUCCUGAUGAGAUUGAAAUUGACUUUGAGACAUUAAAGCCAUCCACGUUGCGGGAGUUGGAGAGAUAUGUAACAUCAUGUUUACGGAAGAAGAGGAAACCUCAAGCAGAGAAAGUGGAUGUAAUUGCUGGUUCCUCUAAAAUGAAGGGGUUCUCCUCCUCAGAGUCUGAGAGCACCAGUGAAUCCAGCUCCUCCGACAGUGAAGAUUCAGAAACAGAAAUGGCACCAAAAUUGAAGAAGAAAGGGCACUCUGGGCGAGAGCAAAAAAAGCAUCACCACCAUCACCAUCAGCAGGUGCAGCAGCAGCAGAUGCAACCACCGCCUGUCCCUCAACAAGCACCACCUCCGAUGAAGUCCUCUCCCCCUCCUUUCGUACCUGCACAGGUCCCCAUCAUGGAGCAUCCCCUCCCAGGGAACAUGUUCGACACUAUCACACAUUUCACCCAGCCCAUCAUGCAUCUUCCUCAGCCAGAGAUGCCACCCCAUCUCCCCCAGCAACCUGAGCACAGCACUCCUCCUCACUUGAACCAACAUGCAGUGGUCUCUCCUCCAGCUUUGCACAACGCUCUGCCUCAGCAGCCAUCAAGACCCAGUAAUCGAGCCGCAGCACUACCCCCUAAGCCUUCACGUCCUCCAGCAGCGUCACCAGCCAUAAGCCAGCAGCCCAUGCUCCCCCAGCCGCCUUUGCCUCAGCCUCCCCAGGUCCUCCUGGAGGAUGAGGAGCCUCCCACGCCUCAUCACAGCCUGCCUCUGAGCACCAGCCAGAUGCAGCUCUACCUUCAACAGCUGCAGAAAGUGCAGCCGCAGACGCCGCUCCUCCCUUCAGUGAAGGUCCAGUCACAGCCUCAGCCACCCCUUCAGCCUCCUGCUCAUCCCUCAGCACAACAGCUGCAGCAGCAGCAGAGGCCGAUGCACAUGCAGCCCAUGCAGUUCCCUCCUCAUAUCCCUCAGCCUCAGCCACCUCCACAGCAGCAUCCGCCCCCGCAGCCGCAGCCAGCUAAACCUCAGCAAGUCAUCCAGCACCACCCAUCGCCACGGCACCAUAAGCCCGACCCCUAUUCAACUGGUCACUUGAGAGAAGCGCCUUCCCCUCUCAUGAUGCAUUCCCCACAGAUGCCCCAGUUCCAGGGUCUGGGCCACCAGUCACCACCUCAGCAAAAUAUCCAGCCAAAAAAACAGGAGCUGAGAGCACCCUCUGUCGUGCAAUCCCAGCCCAUGGCGGCAAAGGAAGAGAAGAUGCAUUCACCGGUCAUCCGAAAUGAAACAUUCAGCCCCACGUUGCGACAGGAACCUCCAAAGCACCCAGAGAGCAUCAAACCCCCUGCACAUAUCCAGCAAAGAACAGAAAUGAAACCAAUGGAGGGUGGGCGGCCUGUAAUCAGACCCCCUGAGCAGAACGUGCCGCCACCUGGAGUACAGGACAAAGACAGACAAAAACAGGAACUGAAAACACCUGUCGCUCCUAAAAAGGAUUUGAAAAUAAAGAACAUGGGCUCGUGGGCAAGCUUGGUCCAGAAACCCCUCACGACUCCAUCCUCCACAGCAAAGUCCUCCAGCGACAGCUUUGAGCAUUUCAAGAGGGCAGCGCGGGAGAAGGAGGAGCGGGAGAAGGCGCUGAAAGCUCAGGCAGAACAGGUGGAAAAGGAGAAGGAGCGGCUGAGGCGGGAGCAGGAGAGGAUGAGGAGUCGUGAUGAUGAGGAUGCCCUGGAGCAAGCUCGCAGAGUGCAGGAAGAAGUCCGAAGACGCCAGGAGCAGCAGCAGCAGCACCAGCAGCAGCAACAGGUGUCAGCUGCAGCCUCUGCGCCCCAAGCACAGAGCUCUCAGCCACAGUCCUCUCAGUCUAUGCUGGAUCAGCAGAGAGAGAUGGCCAGAAAGCGGGAGCAGGAGCGAAGGCGCAGAGAGGCGAUGGCAGCUACUAUCGACAUGAAUUUCCAGAGCGAUUUGUUGGCAAUAUUCGAAGAGAAUCUUUUCUAAUAGCGCCUGGUUUUCUUCUCCUGACUCUUUAAUUUCCCAGCGAAUCUUUGACUCUCCAUAGUGUUAACGGCGGCUGGGAGGGGGAGCGUUCCUGCAGCCUUCUGCAUGUAUGACCAUUGCAGAUCUUUCAGUUGAGGCCUCAGAAGGAUCAGCAGAGUCUGCCUUACAGUUUGACUUUUGCCCCCCCUCACACACUGAAGACCGACCAAGACAAGCCAACUAUGUACUAGGUUUGAUUGGACAUGCAGCUGCUGGGAAGGGUGCCCUGAUCACUCGACAUUCUCUAUGCCAAACGUAUUCACAGUAUAUCCAGGACUUCAUGUUCUUCACACCUUUUCUAUCCAUAAAGGUUCUAAGUUACAGAAUGUCUAUGAAUAAACAAUGCUGUGUCAUGACAGCAAAAGAUGCUCUUCACUGAGAGGCUGCCUAUGGGAGUAUCCUGGCAAGAAUGGGAGACCUGGGGUCCAGAUGGGAAAAUACACAAGCUGUGUCUGGUCCUUUCAUCACUGGCUUUGCCUUUAACUUAACUUCCCACAAGCCUUUAGCUGGGAGCCAUUCUCUGUAAGUGUUCGCUUGUGAAAAAGGGAAUAGUACAGUGGAGGUGUCAAGUGUAACUGGCCAUUUGAGUGAGGUUUUUGUUUUAGCAUUGUGUGGAGGUCCAGGAAUUGGAGCUAGACUACCGACCAAAGUCAGUUUCUUUCAGUCUGUUUUUUUUCCUCCAGGCAGUUUGGUACUGCUAGACUCUUGACUGGGUAUUAAUUGUCUCUUUGUUAUAAAGUGGAGUGGGGAAACCAGUAACACCAGGGGAAGCUACCACCCUGUUACUAAUGUUUAACCGUGGCUGUAUUGUAUAGUGACUAUAGUUGGCAUAUAUUUGUUUGAAGAUUUUGGUGAGCCACCAAACUUGGUGUAAAAACACUGCUUAUAUUUUGCUCAGUUUCAAACUUUUAGCCUAUAUUUUUAACUGUAAAACCAGAAAGUUGCAUUUUGGGUUUUUUAAAAUGUCAAAAAAUAUGGUGUUUAAAAAAAAAAAAAGUUUUUAUACCUAAAAGGAGUGGCUGAGAGGAGGGCAGGUGGAGGAGGCAGUUUUGGAAAGGCUCCUUCCACCACCUAUCAAAUCUCACUCACCAGCAAUGGGAGCUUUCCCAUGCGCCUUCAGUGUGUGUUCUUUUAAUUUUAUUCUAUGAACUGUUAAAACGUUAUGUGCCAUAAAUACCCACUAUACAGUACAAUACUGGUGUGUCAGUAUGGGGCGAGCGCUGGAGUAAUUGAUUGGUUUUACUUUAAUACGGUGAAUAUGCAUUUGGUCUGUACUGCUCAUGGAAUAAACUCAUCUCUUUUUUUUUAAAA